UUAUUGGCUGAUGAAGUGCGGUAGAGCCAGAAACAAAACAAUGUGUGAAAAUGCGGUCCUUCUUACCUGCAGUGGCAGAACAGCUUUUCAGAGAUAUCCAGAAAGUCUAUCGAGAGACGACUCAAAUUCCAGAUGAUCUUCUGAUUGCGCUGAAAUUUGUCUUCGGCUCAUGUGCCUUGCAGGCUUUGGACCUGGUUGACCAGCGCUCUGUCACCUGCCUGUCUUCUCCCAGCGGCCGCAAAGCCUUUCAGGUAGUUGGAGGCUCGGGUCGUUUAUACACUUGCUUCUUGUCCUGCCACUACUGCCCCUGCCCGGCUUUCACCUAUACUGUUCUACGCAGAAACCAAGGGCUGCUGUGCAAACACAUCCUGGCCAUCUACCUGUGCCAGGCUAUGGCUGUGACUCAGCAGGAGACUGUCUCUGAUCAGCAGAUGUCUGCACUGCUCAGCGGCACCGGGGCCCAGUAACAGGGAGCGGACCAGAAAACGGAGCCGGUUCCCUGUCUACAUCCCUGAAACACUGGCCUGGUUUCUGUUAUCUGAAACACCACGGAUGUUACUGUUUUUUCUUCUAGUAAUGUUCUUCAUCUCAAAUACUGGCAGCUUUAUUUUUAGUUGCUUUCUGUCUGAAGCUCCAUCGGUUAGGGAGUAAGAACAUCUGGACACUGAGGUCAUUUCCUAACUUCUAUUGCACGGCUAUCAUUUCCUUCUCAUGCACAGCUACUAAAUAUAAAUCAUUAUUUAAAAUGUGGGAAUAAAAUCCAAUCUUACCAAUAUAAACAUUGCCUUUAUUAACAAAAUAAUUCACCAUACAUACAGAUUGCAUCAUGUUAAAUAGCAACAUCGGCUGUAGUUUUGUUGAACGAACAAAGUGCCUCUGGAGAGAAAGUUGGACAUCAGCUUGACCACAGUGGAGGCAUUUUCCUGAUUAGUAACAACAAAAUAGCACACUUACAAACAGGAACUUGGGAAUGAAGUGAAGGAAUGUUGAACUUGCCAUUGGCAGUAUUACUUUUAAAAUAAAAUAGAAAG